AUGCAAUUGUUGAUUGCGGUAUGGAAUCGAGAGCCAUAUUAUAGAAGUGAUAUCGGUCGAUCCAGAGAUGUUAUCCUCGAGGUGGACGAUGAUGGUACUGUUGGUGAUGUGGCAAACAAGCUAUCGGCUAAGCUUGGCAUUCCACAUUCCAGUUUUCGUCUCAUCCUUUGUGGAAAUAAAUUGACCAGCGAUACACCAAUCGGUGCCCUCUUUCUUGGACCACAAACCUCACUAACAGCAGUAGUUACUCAACUGCGUUCAUCAGAAGAAGAUGAUAAGCACAAGAGUGGAUCAUCAUCAUCGCCCGCAUACAACAAAUCAUCAGAAAUCACAUCGUUUAAGGUCUUUUGUAAGAAGUGCAAUUCAUUGAAAAAUGGUAAAUUGCGGGUUUAUUGUGUUGAAUGUUCAUCCAGUUCACUGAUUCUCACUAGAGAGCCUUCUUGUUGGAAUGAUGUCCUUCUAAUAAAUACCAUACAAGCCGAUUGUAAAGAUUGUGAGAAGGAGACGGCAGCACGUUUUUGUUUCAAAUGCAUCGAUUGUGGCGAGAUAGCAGUACCCCUAACACAUAUUCGAAAUUCCAGUGGAUCAGGCAGUUGUUCGAUAUGUUGUGAUUCGCAUAUGAAAGUUGUUGUACAAUUGAACUGUCAGCAUUACACAUGCGUGGAAUGUUUCUCAACUUAUAUCAAAACAGCUUUUGUUGAAUAUAAGUUUGAAUUUAUCCCACCAAAUGGUUACACCGUUGGUUGUCCGGUCUAUGGUUGUCAUGGUUGUGUUGUCGACACGCAUUGUUUUUAUUUGUUGGGCAAAUCGAAUUAUGAUGAAUAUCAGCGACAAGCAACAGAACGUUUCGUUACUCUGGAACAGGAAGGAAUGCUUUGCCCACGAGCAAACUGUGGUGCUUCUUUCCUAUGGGAGUUCACUCCAUCAAAUCAUAAGAUAACUUGUCCGGAAUGUUAUUUCUCAUUCUGUGGCUUGUGUCGACAGUUAGAAUGUAUUUGUUUGGAAUCUGAUGCGACUAAGAAAAUCAUCGAGCGUACGUGUCGCAGAUGUCCUUCUUGUGGCACUCAAACAGAACGGAGCGGUGGUUGCGCUCACAUGCACUGUUUGCAGUGUGGUGAACAUUGGUGCUUUUUGUGCGUCAAAUCAUGGAGUGAAGAUUGUCAGUGGAAUCACUGGUUCGAUUGA